UUAGCGUCCGUGUUUUCUGCUUUUUGCUGGUUUGGAAAAGAGCUUGAGGAGCGUACUGCAUUAAAAUAGGGUGAUUUUUAAUAAGUAUAUAAAAUUACCUAAAAAAUCAUCAUGAUGCGUACUUUUGGUGAAAAGCCAAUUGCAUUCCAGCUUGAAGAAAGUGGAGAAUUCUAUUAUAUUGGAUCUGAGGUUGGCAAUUAUUUACGCAUGUUCAGAGGCUCAUUGUACAAGCGCUAUCCAUCUUUGUGGAGACGUUUAGUUACUGUUGAUGAAAGAAGAAAAAUUGCAUCGCUGGGUCUGUCAACAAGAACAAUGGGAAUUGAUGCCAAAAACAGACUACUUAAGAAAGCUGGAACCCUAAACCCUGAUGAUCCUAAUGUAACGCCUGACGUAAAAGGCUUAGGACCUCACAGUCUUGCAACAAACAUAACUUUGCUUAGAGCUACUGAAGUUGAUGAAAUUUUUGAAGGAAAAGAUGAAAAAUAUCGAGCAGUCUCAAUUAGUACUGAACCACCUGUUUCUAGAGAAAUUAAAACUAAAAGGAGUACUUGGAUGCCAACUAUGCCAAAUAGCUCGCAUUUAGAUGCGGUACCAUGCUCUACUCCAGUAAAUCGAAACCGCAUAAGUCACAAAAAAGUUCGAACUUUUCCAUUACUGUAUGAUGAUUUAGAACCUGCUGUUAUACAUGAAAACUCAACUCAAACAGAAGUUCUUGUCCCGGUGCGUUUAGACAUGGAGAUAGAAGGUCAUAAAUUGCGUGACACAUUCACUUGGAAUAAGAAUGAAUCACUGAUUACACCUGAGCAGUUUGCUGAAGCAUUAUGUGAUGAUUUGGAUUUACCACCUUUAUCUUUUGUGCCAGCCAUAGCUCAGUCAAUUCGCCAGCAAAUUGAUGCAUUUCCAACAGACAAUUUACUGGAUGAGCAAGCGGACCAGAGAGUUAUAUUAAAACUAAACAUACAUGUUGGGAACAUUUCCCUGGUUGAUCAGUUUGAAUGGGAUAUGUCGGAGAAAGAAAAUAGUCCAGAAGUUUUUGCAAACAAACUUUGUUCCGAACUUGGUCUUGGUGGAGAGUUUUGCACAGCUAUUGCUUAUAGCAUAAGAGGACAGUUGUCAUGGCAUCAAAGAACGUAUGCCUUUAGUGAUGCACCUUUGCCUACAGUUGAUAUUCCAUAUCGUAAUCAAUCCGAAGCAGAUCAAUGGUGCCCAUUUUUGGAAACAUUAACUGAUGCUGAAAUGGAGAAAAAAAUCAGAGAUCAAGACAGAAAUACGAGGAGGAUGAGACGAUUAGCCAACACUGCUCCAUCCUGGUGAAUUUAAUGAUCUGUAUAUUUUAUUUGUAAACAGUGAAUAAAUAUUUAUGUGUUUUAGACUAAA